GAGGUUCAAGCUUGACCGAGAGAGUCCCCGCGAUAAAAUAGUUGCUUAUAAAAAUUAAAAUCUAGCCAUUUGCCAUCGCCAACAAAGUCAAAAACGCAUCCGUUCCGGCAAAGCACAGUAUAAACGCAGAGAAAAGAGAAAAAAAAACAGAAGAAGCCUACAAAUUGAAUUGCUCAUCACUGACAUUUUUCAUCAUCGGAACGUAUUAAUUAACUUGGCAAGAGAAAGAGAGAUGACAAGGGGUACACUAAAAGUGUUGCUUGUGGAUGCUUGUAUACUCAAAGACACCGAUCUGAUUGGUAAAAUGGAUCCGUAUGUGGUAAUUAAGUUUGGUGAUCAGAAGCGUAAGAGCACCGUUUGCAAAAAACAAGGAAAAACACCGGUGUGGAACGAAAAGCUCAAAUUUAAUGUGGAGUAUGCCGGUUAUAUCAGAGAUGAACAUCCUAAACAUAAACUCAAAUUUAAGAUCAUGGAUAAAGAUAGGUUCAGCAAGGAUGAUUUUAUCGGUGAAUUGACGAUCUAUGUUGACGAUCUCUUAGCACAAGGAAUGGUGAAUGGAAAGGCUGAAAUACCGCCUUGCAACUACAGCAUUGUCGGCUCUAACAAAUCCGACAACGGAGGGAUUCGAAUCGGCCUAGCUUUCACCCAGGUAGAUGAAAAUGAAAAUAAGGAGGGUAAGUCUAAGAAAAAGAAACACGGCUUCCACCUCCAUCACAAGAAUGAUGGGAAGAAAAAAUCCGGUGGAUGGAAAAAUGCCUUCAAACACCAUAAUAAGAAUGAUGAUGAGGCAGAGAAGGAGGAGGGGGGGGAAGAGGAGGAAGAGGAGUCGGUGUCUUCGGAAUCGGAUCAGGAGGAGGAGGCAGGGGCGGAAGGGGAGGAGGAGGGGAACGUGUUUGGAAAGCUUGGAGCUUUAUUAGAAUCUCUGGGUGACUUAUGAGUGGUUUUUGUUUUUGAUUUGAUAUCUACUCUACGUAGGCUCAUUUACCCCAACCAAAAAAAAUCCAGUGCUCAGUUUCAUUUAUUGAUUGAUAUUUUCUUGGUAGUAUCUUACUCCAAGAUAGAUUGUACUCCCUCCGUCCCUAAUUAGUUGAGUCAUUUGUAGUUUGCACAAUUAUUAAGACAAGAAAAGAGAGAGUAUGGUAAAGUAUAUUUUUUACAAGUAUGCCAUUAUGGAUAAUGACUUGUAAAAUUUCGAAAUAAUUUAUCUCUUAAACUUUA